AUGGCAGAAGAAGAACUGAACCAGUCUCUUGAAUAUACACCAACAUGGAUUGUUGCAGUUGUUUGCUCUGUCAUUGUUUUCAUCUCUCUGUGCGUUGAGCGUGCAAUUCACAGCCUAGGAAAGUACUUAAAGAGGAAAAAGCAGACAGCAUUAUAUAGUGCCUUAACAAAAUUGGAAGAAGAGUUGAUGCUUUUAGGGUUCAUUUCCCUUCUCUUAACCGUCUUUCAAGGCCUAAUAAGCCACAUUUGCAUUCCACCUAAGUAUGCAACCCAAAUGCUUCCAUGCAAGAGGUCUCAUGGAUCUUCACAAGGUUCAGAACAUGAUCUGAUAUACUAUGAUACUAUAAUCAACAGAAGAAGGCUUUUAUCUACAGAUACCGGUUCACAGCAUUGUAGACUAGAGGGGAAGGUACCUUUGUUAUCACUGGAAGGAUUGCAUCAUCUUCAUAUUUUCAUCUUUGUAUUGGCUGUUGUACAUGUAGUAUUCUGUGUCGCAACAAUGGUUCUCGGAGGUGCAAGGAUUCGUCAAUGGAAAAGCUGGGAGGAUCAUGCUAGGAAGAAGACAAUAAACUCAAGUGGUGAAACUCUUAGAUUAGAGAUAGAUGAAUUCUUCAAUAAACAUGCUCAGGGGUAUUGGAGAAAAGCAGCUGUUGUUGGUUGGUUUAGAUCAUUUUUCAAACAAUUUUUUUCCUCAAUUACAAAAUACGACUACCUUGCGCUGCGGCAUGGAUUUAUCAAGGAACACUAUCCAAAUGAUCCCAAUUUUAAUUUUCAUAAUUACAUGAUGCAGACACUUGAAGUCGACUUCAAAAAAGUUGUAGGCAUAAGCUGGUACCUUUGGGUCUUUGUCGUGCUGUUUUUGCUGCUGAAUCUUGACGGGUGGCACACUUAUUUCUGGUUGGCCUUUUUACCAUUGAUAAUACUACUACUUGUCGGGGCAAAGUUAGAGCACAUAAUCACUCGAUUAGGCCAGGAGUCGGUAGCAAAGGAAUAUCCAACCGAACAAGUGAAGCCUUCGGAUGAAUACUUUUGGUUCGGCCGUCCGGCCAUUGUACUCGACUUACUUCACUUCACUUUGUUUCAAAACGCUUACGAAAUCGCAUUUUUCUUUUGGAUUUGGUCAACAUAUGGAUUCGAUUCAUGCAUUAUGGAGAAAAUCGCCUACAUCAUCCCAAGAAUUAUAAUGGGUGUAAUUGUUCAAGUGCUUUGCAGUUACAGCACCUUACCUCUUUACACUCUUGUGACUCAGAUGGGUAGCCGUUGCAAGAUUGAUAAGUAUGAUGAUAAGGUGGAGUCACCUCCAUUGUUCCAAAGAAUGACCAAAGAAUCAAACCAAGUUUCUCAAAUUGGUGAACAAGCAAUUAUCAUGAUGGAAGAUCAUGCAAUGUCAUCUACAAUUGAACUUCACCCUAUGAAUCAAUCUUCUUUGGAAAGAGAUAAUGUAUUCAAUACUCAAUAG